AUCAGGAAACUUCAUUUCUUUACUGUCUCUGUUUCAUGGCAGCCUAGGUUAUGCCGCCUGGGAUCCUGAACCUUCUGACUUCGGCUCGGCAAUUGCAGUGAUAGUUAUUAGCCGGAGUCAUUGUCGACGGACCGUUCUCGUUUAAAAGUGUGAAGCAUUGUGCGAAGAACGAAUCCGUAUUCUCGGUCGAACUGGUGUCUCAUUCUGCAACCGAUAAAUAAUCAUUUGGCUUCAGGUGCAGCCCUAGUUGACUAAGCAGAACCACGCAUUCCUUUUCUGAGUGACUGCGAACGCCGUGGUUGAAUCAUUUUCAAGUGCGCCGGACAACAGCGCUAUUUAAGGAGCUUAUGUAGCUCGUCAGUAGUUUAUUCACGCUUAAAGCCAGGGACCCAAGUUUCUAGAACCUGGGGCAAGUGUUUUACAGUUGGUUGGGAGAACCCAGGUUUUGUGUCGUGAGGGUGCGUGAAUUGCAACACUCGCAGGCGAUUUCACUAGUGCCUGCAGCUCGCUGGCCAAUCAGUAGUUUUAGUCCCAACCAACUGUUCUACAGUUGGUAAACUUGGGUCCCAACCAACUGUUUUACAGGCGAUUUCACUGGUGCCUGCAUCUACGCUCUGUCUCCACCUUGGUCGUUACUCCAUGCUCUCGACCUCCCCUCCUGCCAUUAUUGACCGUUGUUGAGGCGUCCGGUCCCGAGCCUUACCGCUUUAGUUCCAUUCCGUCAGCUAUUCGUUUAGCCUUCAGCCUCAGGGCUCCUGGUAGCUUCUGGCGACGACGCAAUUCAUUCGGACGGCUCGCGAUUCUAACAUCGACGCGACGCAUCGUGCUCAUUCGAACAUUCGCAUAGAGUGCUCUCGGCGUGUCUCUCGCAAUGAGUGGCUUAGACGGUCCCGUGAUGGACAUUCCACGGCCUAGGUAUCAAGGGGUGUACAAGAGUGGACAUCUAUCCGUGUCGUCUAAAGGUUUGGGGUGGAAGUCAUGGAAGCGGCGUUGGUUCCUCCUCACGCGCUCCUCCCUCAUCUUCUUCAAGCACGAGCCAAGGGUCGCAUUGACAUCUCAUCGGCCAUAGGAGGCAUCGAAUUCAACAACGCUGGAAAGGUGCACAUCAAGCCCGACAAGAAGCAGCUCUCCCUCACCUUCCCAGAUGGCCAUGCCUUCACCUUCAAGACCGACACGCUGGAGGACCUGGAGGAGUGGAGGGACGCCCUGGAGGACGCCAUCUCCAAGGCCCCGCCGCCCUCCGUGAUGAUGGGUCUGCCCCGCGACACGCUCUUCCGAGGGAUGGGCUCGACAUAGGCGACAACGACGGGCCUCCAGGACCAGGCAAGGAGCGGCGCCUGCGCUCCAUGCUGCUGUGCCGCCCCUUCUCCCUCGCCCUGGAGGACGUCAACGGCUCGCCCUCCUUCCUCGAGAAGGCCCUGCGUUUCAUAGAGAUUCACGGCGUGAAGCUCGAGGGCAUUCUGCGCGCGCAGCAGCGGACGUGGAGCAGGUGGAGAGGCGGUUGAAGGAGUACGAGGAGGGGCACACGGAGUUUGAGGACGGGGAGAACCCACAUGUUGUGGGCGACUGUGUUAAGCUUGUCCUUCGAGAGCUGCCGACGUCACCCGUGCUGCCAUAUGCCUGCACUGCACUCGAGCAAGCAUUCCAGCAAGAGGAGGCGGAGGCAAAGCUAGAGGCAGUGCGCACAGCCAUGCUGAACCUGCCAGAGCCCAAUAGACGCCUGCUGCACCGUGUGCUGCAGACCAUGAUCGCCAUAACCAACAACGAGGCGGUCAAUAGGAUGAACGCGUCUGCUGUUGCAGCAUGCAUGGCGCCGCUGCUCUUCCGCCCUCUUUUCAGCGGGGAACUUCAAACUUCGUCCCGCGGGGGAGGAGGGGGGAGGGGGUUUCCCAGGUCCCGCAGCCGAGGGGGGGGUCUAGAUGAGGAGGAUGGGGAGGACAGCGCUGCUGCUGCUGCGGCCCAGAUCAUGGCUCUGACCAUGGCAGCUAACCAGGCACAGACUAUGACGAUUUUCCUCAUGGAGAAUAUCGACAAGGUGUUCGUGGGCGAGGCCCUCGGGUUAGCACGGGGAGUAUACAGCGGGGCGGCAUGGGAUGACGAGGACGACGAGGAGGGCGAGCUGGUGGACGAUGAUGACGUGGAUGAGGACAACGAUGACGAGGACAGUGGCGCCCAGGUGGCGGUGCUGGAGGCGUCGCGCCAGGAGCUGCGGGCCUCGCUGGCUAAGGAAGUGCGGGCGAACGAGAUGCUCAAGGAGAGCUUAGUCCAAAGGAGGAAGACACUGCAGGAGCUGAAAGCGGCACUCGAACGAGAUGCGGCUCAGUUGCGGCGGGACCUGGAGGAGCAGAGGGAGCUGUAUGCGCGCAUGCAGACGGGGAUCAAGGGGCCUGUGCCAGAGAUAGAGCUUGAGCCAGAGGUGAGGGGCAGGGAGGUGGCAGGGAGGGCAGGGGGGGGGCAGGGCGGUGGGGCAGGUGGUGGGGGCAGGGGUGGCGGUGGGGGCAGGGAGGUGGGGGCAGGGUGGGGGCAGGGGCAGGUGGGGCAGGGUGGGGGGCAGGGCGUGGGGGCAGGGGGGGGCAGGGAGGUGGGGCAGGCUGGGGGCAGGGGGGUGGGGCAGGGCGUGGGCAGGGGUGGGGCAGGCGCUUAAGGCAGAAUUGAAGGAGAUAG